UGUCUCGACUUUGUACAGCUGUUUCACGUUGCUGAUAUUCUGCGCAAGAUGUUAUCCACGAUGUACAUGCGAGACAGUGAUGAAAACAGGUUCGCUGGAAAAUAAAAGCAUUCUCGUGUGUCUUCCCAUUUCAUAAGGAGGCCCGCCGUGUCUCCUCGCCCACUAUGCGGAGGCUCAACGACACCGACGCCGUCCGUAUGUAACGGAUAUUUUAUGGAAGGUGGAGCGAGGGGAGAGGUUGUGCGGCCGGGGAGAGUCGGGACAUCGGCUAUGUUUGGAAGACGAGCCGUAGCAAGCUAGCUCUCGUGACAGUAACGGACACAGUGAUAACGGAACGGUGACUUCUUUUUUCCGUACGACGGCCCAUUGGUUCGGUCAUGGCUACGAAUGACAACAACCUAACGUCCGGGAUGGGAGAGAUCAUCCAGUUGAACGUCGGUGGGACAAGGUUCAGCACCUCCAGGCAGACUCUGAUGUGGAUCCCGGACUCGUUCUUCUCAAGUUUGCUAAGUGGAAGGAUAUCCACGCUUCGUGAUGAAACUGGAGCUAUAUUUAUCGACAGAGACCCCACAGCUUUCGCACCAAUUUUGAAUUUUCUCCGAACCAAAGAAUUGGACCUGCGGGGGGUCAACAUCAGCGUCCUGCGACAUGAAGCAGAGUUUUAUGGAAUAACCCCUCUAGUGCGCCGCUUGCUGCUGUGUGAGGAACUGGACCGCUCAUCGUGUGGUAGUGUUCUCUUCCAUGGUUACCUGCCGCCCCCAGUCGUUCCUGCCCGUAAGUCCAGCGCUGCCCUGGCAGCCUCUGGGCCUCCCUCUGAUGAACAGCCGGGUCCAAGUGGAGCAGAGGGCUUCACCCGUGUCGGCCCCCCUCCUCACCCUUCCCUCUCUGGCUCACCUGGAAUAGAUGACAACCAAAAACUGGGUCCUGUGAUUGAUCCGAGGAAAGUGUUGAUUAUAGCUGGACACCACAACUGGAUUGUAGCAGCUUACGCACAUUUUGUCAUCUGCUACAGGAUAAAGGAAUCUUCUGGAUGGCAGCAGGUGUUUUCUUCCCCCUACCUCGACUGUACCAUUGAACGCAUCGCCCUUAAUGCCAAAGUGGUGGGCGGCCCGCAUGGAGACAAAGACAAGAUGGUGGCCGCCUCCUCUGAGAGCAACAUCAUCCUCUGGAGCAUUCAAGACGGAGGCAGUGGAAAUGAGAUCGGUGUAUUCACUCUCGGUGUGCCUGUGGAUGAUCUAUUCUUUAUUGGGAACCAGCUGGUGGCUACCAGCCACACAGGGAAGGUUGGGGUGUGGAAUGCGGUCACACAGCACUGGCAGGUUCAAGACGUGGUUCCUAUUACUAGUUGUGACACAGCGGGCUCCUUCCUACUACUGGGCUGCAACAAUGGCUCUAUCUACUACAUAGACAUGCAAAAGUUUCCUCUGAGGAUGAAGGAUAAUGAUCUUCUAGUGACAGAACUUUAUCAUGACCCUUCAAAUGAUGCAAUCACUGCGCUGUCUGUCUACCUCACACCCAAAACCAGUGUGAGUGGGAACUGGAUAGAGAUAGCCUAUGGGACUAGCAGCGGUGCAGUGAGAGUGAUUGUGCAACACCCGGAGACGGUGGGAUCGGGCCCACAGCUUUUUCAGACAUUCACUGUGCACAGGAGCCCGGUGACAAAGAUUAUGCUCUCUGAGAAACAUCUGGUAUCAGUGUGUGCAGACAACAACCACGUGCGGACGUGGACAGUGACCCGAUUCAGAGGGAUGAUCUCCACCCAGCCUGGCUCCACCCCUCUGGCUUCGUUCAAAAUACUAUCCCUGGAGGAGACUGAGAGCCAUGGGAGCUACGGCUCUGGGAAUGAUAUUGGUCCCUUUGGAGAGAGAGACGAUCAGCAGGUUUUCAUACAGAAGGUGAUCCCCAUCACCAACAAACUGUUUGUAAGGCUCUCCUCUACUGGAAAGAGGAUCUGUGAAGUGCAGUCAGUGGACGUGACCACCAUCUCUUGCUUUAUGGUGCGGGAGUGUGAGGGUUCGAGCCGCAUGGGGUCGCGACCUCGCCGCUAUCUGUUCACUGGUCACGGCAACGGAAGCAUCCAGAUGUGGGACCUGACCACUGCGAUGGACACCGCUAUUAAAGGAGAGGAGAGGAAGAGAGAGGAUGCAGGUGGGCCUACAGAGGAAGAGCUACUGCAGCUGUUGGAUCAGUGUGAUCUUAGCACCUCCCGCUGUGCCACACCAAAUAUCAGCCCCGCCCCAUCCAUGCUGCACCAAACACGACUCAGAGAGUCCUGCUCGAGUCUCCAGUUACAAGCUCAGGAACCCAUUUCUGAAAGCCCGGCUACUUACGGAGCUGUGCGACCCUACAGGGAAAGCCCCUUGCUGGCCCGUGCUCGACGGACUGAGUCCUUCCACAGCUACAGAGACUUCCAGAACUUCAGCCUGAGUCGAGGCGUCCUGGACAGCACAGGUCAGCAGAGCGCACAGGUCCCCGGCCACGCCAUCGACGCCCGCCGCUCGCUGUGUGACUUUGGGUCUGAUGACAGCGAGAGGAGAGCCACGGCUAUGGAGUUCUGGGCCUGCCGAACGGCCAGCUCAAGCUCGAACACCAUAACCGGAGCCAUGACGACUGCUAGUUUCCUCGGGCUGAAGUCUGAAAGCGGUCCGGAGUCUCCGCGACAAGCUCCCAACAGCCCAAUCCCCGGAGGCGACGUCAGGCGGAAGGUUCCCCCUCAACCAGAGGAGGGAGAGGGAUCAGGCGGAGAAGGAGUGAAGGCGGAGGGGGGUGUGAAAAAGAGGGGAGUGCUGGAAGGCGGCUUUCUGGGGAGAAAGCGGGCUCCCCCUGUCCCCCACCUUACCUCGCUCCCCUCCGGGUCCGACGGCGGUGGCAGCGACUCGUCUUCCACUGCCUCCCCCUCCCCAACCAAACUGUCUCUGGCCUCCUCCCCCCGACACAGGAAGCUCGCCCCAGAAACGUCCAAUCAGGACAGCAGCCUGUGACCGUGCUCACCGCGUUUGAUCUAUGGCCUCGUGGACGAGUCCAAGGAUUCGCAGGAAGGGAGGAAUGGGACUGACAUGUGGUCCAGGAUGUAGGUCCUUCUUGUUUUGGGACUGGUCUCCCUCGGCUCUUUUUUUUUUUUUUCAGUGCAACUCAUCGGUGUCUUACCUUUUUAAUUACAGAAGCAGUCCUCCUUCGGACAUGAAGGAGAAGUUGCAAAAUCCCAGUGCAGAACACCAUCGCAACCGGCGACAAAUAUCAGUUUUGGUGAAGUAGAGGAUUUUAGAAGUUUUAUUGUAAAAUCCGCUGGGAACGACUGGAGCUCCUACUACUCAGUUUCUGUCGGUGGAACAGAUGCCGGGGGACAGUGACUGCAUGGUUGGCACGGUGCCAUCAUGGUUGAAGCACAAGCUUUACAUCGCUGGCUUAACUCACCAAGGUUCAGGUAAAUUAAAGUGACAAAACAAGCAAGCACAGUACAAGAAAUAGAAUUGGGGUUAAUCUAUUUAAUGAGCUCUUUAUCUUCUGAGGCCCUUAAACAGAUCAUGGAAGCAAAAUGGAAUUUACAGAGUCACAGUUUGUAUUUCUGAUAAAUAUUUUAACGUUCAGUCGGAGGAAUCAUUUUCUUCAGAACCUGAUGCAAACUAUUCAGGCUUACUUGUGCAUCCAACUAAAACAUAUUGUUAUUAUCAAGAUAUAAGCCAAAAACAAUGCAAAUCACUACAUUUAAAAAGAUGUAUUUCUAUUUGUGUCAAUUAACGGUUUUUUUUGAGUGACCAAACAAUUGACUGACGAAUGGUUUCAGGAUUUUGCCCCUUUCGAAAGCUCACACUAAUGUGAAGUAUCUAUGACAACCUGUGCAAUCUAGGAGCCGGAGCCUUGGCAGCUACUUGAACCCCUUCGCUGCAGCCACAGACCCCGUGUUUUCUUAUUGUUGAAGGACACAUCUUUACGAGUGCCAGGUUACUGUAGCAGUAGCACAAUGGCCUCAGUGCUGCUCAACAAAUGGAAAACAGGUUGACUUGGCAACAGGAAACGCACAGGUGAAACAACAUCGAGUGUCCCGGAUAGCCCUGAGCGUCCACAGGACACCUGUGCUUUUACUGCUGUGAUGAGCCAAAGUGUCAGCUGUCUACAAUUUUUCGUAAAAUAUUCUGUAAAUGUGAAUUAGAAGAAAAAAGGGAAAAGAAAAUACAGUGAAGAAAAAUCAAUGCUUUGUGGUGUUAAACAAAGAAUUAAUUCACUGUUCACACAACGAAGCUCAGUCCGUUUCCACAGUGGCGCCUGUACAAGAUCACACUAACUAUUAUUAUUUAUAUUUUUGAACACUAUAGCUACACUCAACUCGAUAGAAGGACCUGGUAACUCACUUUACUCCUGUUUAAACAGAUUGUUAUGUGUUUUGCUUUGGAUGACUGUUGCAGUGCCUUAUUUAACUUGUUUGACGGUUGGUUGCCUGUUUGUGUGUUUUCGUUAUUGUUGAAAAAGGAUUUUGACCAAAGGCUUGUGAGGAAUGUGGUGCUUCAUAACGGACCUGUCCACUGCGGCUUUGGGUAAAGCCGAGUCCUGGUAGAUUUACAAAAGUCCAAAUCAGAUUUUAUGAGUUGUCUCAUGGUAAAUUGUACAUACUCUUGACAUAGAUGAAGACUUUAAAGUCCAUCUUGGUUAUGAUAUAGUUGUGAAGGUCUAAAAGAACAACACAAAGUCAAAUGGCAGCAACCUUAAUUUGUUAUUUUGUCAGAUAAACCUGGUUCUUCACUGUGAUAUUUCCUCUAGCUGAAGAACAGGAAAUCCAGCUCUUAAACUAUGGUACUUCUUUUGUAAUUAUUGAGGGGACAACUUUAGGAAUUUGACUGUGAAAAUGGCAAAUACAACCAUUAAUAACUUGCCAAAUCCAGCAGCUAUAAGCCUUGAAGUUGAUUCUAGCUAUUGCUUUUUAUUUCAACAUUAACGGAUCAACUGACCAUGUCGUCCCUGACUGUACAAAGAUGUACAAUUUUAUACACUUAUUAACUGUCUGAAAAGUGGACAUGCAUAUUGAAAACAAAAUCCUAAUGUGGAUGCAUUAAUGUGUGUUAAUGUGUGUGGAUACUUACUACUGUCGUCAAUACAUAUUGUUGAUAAUCCUAAAAUGCCUAUAUUGAUAUUGCCAUGCUUUUGGACCUAACUGCAUCUGCACUUGCACUAUUAAGACUAUUAACGUAAAUUGCUAGUGUUUAUUUUAUAUAAAAUAUAUAAAGUUUAUUUCAGCACAUAACUGUCCGUCCUUAACCGUUCGCUCUCUGGCUGUGUUUACAUUAUAUGACGGCCAGAUGCUAGCGAGCUAAAAGUCAUACAUAUGUUUGUUUAAACUGCCCUGUACAACAUUGUUAACAAUAUGUAUGUAAACAAUGCUGCAUUUUGUUGUAAUUUCAUUUACAAUGCCGACCCAUAAUCAAAUAUAAUGUAACAUUGAACACAUCAGAGUCUCGAUGCAAUUAAACUUCAACUGUGUUCACUAAACCUCGCGAAACUGUAUACGUUUAAUUUUUUUUUUAAACACCUUGUUCAAUGAACUUCAAUCAAACUUUCUAUGCAAAUGUCAACAACAACAUUAAGAACUGAAAACAUUGACAAAGUAUUUGAGACCUGAGAUGUUUUAAUCUUGGAAAAUCACAAGUGUGUAGGUUGUAGAUGAAUAAAAUAAAUACUACAUUUUCAGUUUCACCUUGAAAUAAACAAUCGUACUCCUCGUAUGGAUAAUCUGGCAAGGCACCAUUUUGGUUUUGUUUGAGCGUCGCAGGUGUGUGUGUGUGUGUGUGUGAGUCUCCCCAGCGCUUUAAUUUCACUAACCUUCCCGUUCAGACAGUCUCCUCUCGGAGACGUCGUCAUCGUGAUUUAUGAGUUUAAUAAAACCCUGUGUGUGUGUGUGUGUGUUAGUAGCUCAGGGCCAUACUGUCCCUUACAAUCACUCCACAAGCUCUCUUUUCACAACCUCUCCCUCCUCCACGGGUGACAAUAGCUGUGAAUGUGGCUGUGAAUGUUUUUGGAAGUGCCCUUGUCACACUGGUGUCCUUGAGCGAGGGCACGCUUGUUGCUGCCAGUUUGUUCAUUUCAAACUCGCUGUGAUGUUCCCUUAAGGGAUGCAGGGGCAAAACUAACCCACUGCUGCGUAGUUACGAUGGAGAUGCCGGCUUGGCUGUGUGGCUGUGUGGUAACUAAACAUCUGUACAGCUGUACUUUUAAUGGCUCAGCCGACCGGUCUGAGGCACAUGGAUCAAGCUGCGCCUCACAGUUAGGCCUAAGAUCAAUGCAGUUCGCCUACAGAGCCAACAGGUCUGUAGGCGAUGCUGUGAAC